UUUGAUGUUGUCUACUGUGUUUUAUCUAUGUUUGUAACCCUACUAAAAACUGCAUAUUAUACUUAUCUCUAAAUGUUUGUAUUGUUGCUAAUGUAUUUGUAUUCUACUUUCUGGAGCUUUUCUCCCCGGGCCUCUGCUGAAAAUGGACAUAUAUCCAGUCGGACUUUCCCAGUAAACACAUGUAAAAUAAAAUAAAUAAAGACAAAGCUGACCUCUUUAACUAUCAACAACUAAGAAACUUAACAAAAAAAAAAAACAAACAAAAAGAGACAAACAAGUAUACUUCCUAUCCUGUCAGCAAAUAAAUAAAUAAAUAAAUAAAUAAAUAAAUAAAUAAAUAACCCACAAAAAUUCUGGCUUUCCAUCAACCAACUCCUAAACCCAGAAUGUACCUCUACUCCUCCGCCUGCUACCUCAAAUGAUUCAGUCCCUAUCUACUCAAUUUAACACCCAUUUCAUCAACACUGUCAUCUCCCUUCAAGACAACCAACCAACCCUGUUGCUUACUGUCCCCACCACAGCCCUAGACAAUCAUAGCCCCUUCUCACCCAUACAAAGUGCAUAAAAACUCUCUUGUCCAAACUCAAACCAUGCUGCACAGCUGCACACAAACUCCCUAAUGAAUUUCUAAAACUUGCAGCCCCUUCGAUUGCAUACCCCAUUUCAAUCCUGAUCAACUUCUCUAUCAAAGAACAUUAUGUCCCACUCAUAUGGAAAAUGCCUCAUAUUAUACCGCUCCACAAAGGUGGCCUCGCCAAAGAACUAACCAACUAUCGUCCCAUAGCUAUACUUUUCCCCCUCAUGAAAUUUUAGAAAAAUGCAUCCACAACCAGCUCAUAUUCUACUUCCUUACCAAUAACCUCCUUUCCAACUCUCAGCAUGGUUUCAGACCAAAGCACAGUACCAGCACUGCCCUCCUAACCUUCUCUAACACCAUCCACCAUCUCAUGAAUGAUGGUUUCAGACCAAAGCACAGCACCAGCACUGCCCUCCUAACCUUCACUAACACCAUCCACCAUCUUAUGAAUGAUGGCUUCAGACCAAAGCACAGCACCAGCACUGCCCUCCUAACCGUCACUAACACCAUCCACCAUCUCAUGAAUGAUGGCUUCAGACCAAAGCACAGCACCAGCACUGCCCUCCUAACCUUCACUAACACCAUCCACCAUCUCAUGAAUGAUGGUUUCAGACCAAAGCACAGUACCAGCACUGCCCUCUUAACCUUCUCUAACACCAUCCACCAUCUCAUGAAUGAUGGCUUCAGACCAAAGCACAGCACCAGCACUGCCCUCCUAACUGUCACUAACACCAUCCACCAUCUCAUGAAUGAUGGCUUCAGACCAAAGCACAGCACCAGCACUGCCCUCUUAACCUUCUCUAACACCAUCCACCAUCUCAUGAAUGAUGGCUUCAGACCAAAGCACAGCUCCAGCACUGCCCUCCUAACCGUCACUAACACCAUCCACCAUCUCAUGAAUGAUGGCUUCAGACCAAAGCACAGCACCAGCACUGCCCUCCUAACCUUCACUAACACCAUCCACCAUCUCAUGAAUUAUGGUUUCAGACCAAAGCACAGCACCAGCACUGCCCUCCUAACCUUCACUAACACCAUCCACCAUCUCAUGAAUGAUGGCUUCAGACCAAAGCACAGCACCAGCACUGCCCUCCUAGCCUUCACUAACACCAUCCACCAUCUCAUGAAUGAUGGUUUCAGACCAAAGCACAGUACCAGCACUGCCCUCCUAACCAUCACUAACACCAUCCACCAUCUCAGGAAUGAUGGUUUCAGACCAAAGCACAGUACCAGCACUGCCCUCCUUACCUUCUCUAACACCAUCCACCAUCUCAUGAAUGAUGGUUUCAGACCAAAGCACAGCACCAGCACUGCCCUCCUAACCUUCACUAACACCAUCCACCAUCUCAUGAAUGAUGGUUUCAGACCAAAGCACAGUACCAGCACUGCCCUCCUAACCUUCACUAACACCAUCCAUCAUCUCAUGAAUGAUGGCUUCAGACCAAAGCACAGCACCAGCACUGUCCUCCUAACCUUCUCUAACACCAUCCACCAUCUUAUGAAUGAUGGCUUCAGACCAAAGCACAGCACCACCACUGCCGUCCUAACCGUCACUAACACCAUCCACCAUCUCAUGAAUGAUGGCUUCAGACCAAAGCACAGUACCAGCACUGCCCUCUUAACCUUCUCUAACACCAUCCACCAUCUCAUGAAUGAUGGCUUCAGACCAAAGCACAGCACCAGCACUGCCCUCCUAACCUUCACUAACACCAUCCACCAUCUCAUGAAUGAUGGUUUCAGACCAAAGCACAGCACCAGCACUGCCCUCCUAACCUUCACUAACACCAUCCACCAUCUGAUGAAUGAUGGCUUCAGACCAAAGCACAGCACCAGCACUGCCCUCCUAACCUUCACUAACACCAUCCACCAUCUCAUGAAUGAUGGUUUCAGACCAAAGCACAGUACCAGCACUGCCCUCCUAACCAUCACUAACACCAUCCACCAUCUCAUGAAUGAUGGCUUCAGACCAAAGCACAGUACCAGCACUGCCCUCUUAACCUUCUCUAACACCAUCCACCAUCUCAUGAAUGAUGGCUUCAGACCAAAGCACAGCACCAGCACUGCCCUCCUAACCUUCACUAACACCAUCCACCAUCUCAUGAAUGAUGGUUUCAGACCAAAGCACAGCACCAGCACUGCCCUCCUAACCUUCACUAACACCAUCCACCAUCUGAUGAAUGAUGGCUUCAGACCAAAGCACAGCACCAGCACUGCCCUUCUAACCUUCACUAACACCAUCCACCAUCUCAUGAAUGAUGGUUUCAGACCAAAGCACAGUACCAGCACUUCCCUCCUAACCAUCACUAACACCAUCCACCAUCUCAUGAAUGAUGGUUUCAGACCAAAGCACAGUACCAGCACUGCCCUCCUAACCUUCUCUAACACCAUCCACCAUCUCAUGAAUGAUGGUUUCAGACCAAAGCACAGCACCAGCACUGCCCUCCUAACCUUCACUAACACCAUCCACCAUAUUAUGAAUGAUGGCUUCAGACCAAAGCACAGCACCAGCACUGCCCUCCUAACUGUCACUAACACCAUCCACCAUCUCAUGAAUGAUGGCUUCAGACCAAAGCACAGUACCAGCACUGCCCUCUUAACCUUCUCUAACACCAUCCACCAUCUCAUGAAUGAUGGCUUCAGACCAAAGCACAGCACCAGCAUUGCCCUCCUAACUGUCACUAACACCAUCCACCAUCUCAUGAAUGAUGGCUUCAGACCAAAGCACAGCACCAGCACUGCCCUCCUAACCUUCACUAACACCAUCCACUAUCUCAUGAAUGAUGGUUUCAGACCAAAGCACAGCACCAGCACUGCCCUCCUAACCUUCACUAACACCAUCCACCAUCUCAUGAAUGAUGGCUUCAGACCAAAGCACAGCACCAGCACUGCCCUCCUAACCUUCACUAACACCAUCCACCAUCUCAUGAAUGAUGGUUUCAGACCAAAGCACAGUACCAGCACUGCCCUCCUAACCAUCACUAACACCAUCCACCAUCUCAUGAAUGAUGGUUUCAGACCAAAGCACAGUACCAGCACUGCCCUCCUAACCUUCUCUAACACCAUCCACCAUCUCAUGAAUGAUGGCUUCAGACCAAAGCACAGCACCAGCACUGCCCUCCUAACCUUCACUAACACCAUCCACCAUCUCAUGAAUGAUGGUUUCAGACCAAAGCACAGUACCAGCACUGCCCUCCUAACCUUCUCUAAUAACAUCCACCAUCUCAUGAAUGAUGGUUUCAGACCAAAGCACAGCACCAGCACUGCCCCCCUAACCUUCACUAACACCAUCCACCAUCUCAUGAAUGAUGGCUUCAGACCAAAGCACAGCACCAGCACUGCCCUCCUAACCUUCACUAACACCAUCCACCAUCUCAUGAACGAUGGUUUCAGACCAAAGCACAGUACCAGCACUGCCCUCCUAACCAUCACUAACACCAUCCACCAUCUCAUGAAUGAUGGUUUCAGACCAAAGCACAGUACCAGCACUGCCCUCCUAACUUUCUCUAACACCAUCCACCAUCUCAUGAAUGAUGGCUUCAGACCAAAGCACAGCACCAGCACUGCCCUCCUAACCUUCACUAACACCAUCCACCAUCUCAUGAAUGAUGGUUUCAGACCAAAGCACAGCACCAGCACUGCCCUCCUAACCUUCACUAACACCAUCCACCAUCUCAUGAAUGAUGGCUUCAGACCAAAGCACAGCACCAGCACUGCCCUCCUAACCAUCACUAACACCAUCCACCAUCUCAUGAAUGAUGGCUUCAGACCAAAGCACAGCACCAGCACUGCCCUCCUAACCUUCACUAACACCAUCCACCAUCUCAUGAACGAAGGCCAGCAUGUCUCUUCCAUAUUUCUCAACAUGUAUAAAGCCUUCAACACUGUAUCCUACCAGUUUCUACUAAAUAAACUAUCUUCUUAUGGCCUUAGUUUACCCUCACUGACUUGGUUCCACAGCUAUCUUUGCAACUGUCAACAAGCUACAAAGUGGGAAAUCUCUCUCCCCUACUCCCCAUCUCUGUUGGUGUACCCCAAGGUUCUAUUCUUGGUCCACUUCUCUUCAUCAUAUUCACAAACAACCUCAGUACAGCAGCCCAACAUGCCUCCAUAGUACAGUAUCCAGAUGAUGCUACCCUUAUCUGCUCUGCCCCCUCACCCCAAGAACUCUGACUAAAAAUGCAAUCUUUAUUUCAUGACAUUGAGAACUACCUCUCCCAAAACCAACUAGUUCUAACAAAACCCAAAUCAUAGUUUUUAGUACCAAAAAUACCCAUCACUUCCCUGCCCCCAGUAUCAAUCACCUCUGCAAAUGGUACCAAAAUUACCCCCAAUAACCACACAAAACUUUAAGGUGUCACCAUAGAUAACAACCUCAAACUUGACAUACAUAUUGCCCAAACCAUCAAAAAAGUCCACAUCAAACUAAGUGUCCUAUACAGAGCCAAACCAUUCCUAACUCUCAAUGCCAGAUUAGCCAAUGCUCGCACACACUUUCUAUCUACCCUUCUCUACGUCUCUCUCAUAUUUACUAACCCUUGAAAAUCUGACCUCAACAAUCUAGAAUCAAGUUACCAAAAAAUUGCUAAACGUGCCACUAAUCACCCACACAGCACCCACCACUGAUCAGGUCUUUCAAUAUUAAACUGGCUAGAGCUCCCCAACCUUCUAUCUCUCCUACCAGAUCCCUCAGAUCUUCCCACAAACUCCUACUAAAAUUAUCCAACUCCCACAACCAAUAUGGUGAGUCCCUCUAUUCACUCAGAAUAGCCAAAUUCUGUGACACCCUUCCAGACACAAGAACAAAAAAUCCAGUACAUGACCAGUUCAAAUCAUUCCUAAAUGAAUACCUCACCACUCAUUGUCUGUGCCCUUUCUUCUCCCCGGGUUAAUCUACUUCCCCACCCUUAGUUACCUUUCUCACCAGGC